UACGUAUCAGGAAGCUUUUCUAUAUUCAUUGCAGUCUUUCGUGUGGUAUGAGCAGUUGCAACUUCAACCAGAGUAAACCCAAGGUUAUCGAUUAAUUAUGUAAAUGCUGACAAUCAGCAUCCAAUAAAGUUACCAAAUGCGAUCUUUCAUCGUUCGUUCAAUAUAUUUGAACUUCGUAGUUCACUUUUUUCAAAAAGAUGGAUAAAUGGCGCGGCAAAGGCGCUUUGGUCACUGGCGCUAAUUCAGGUAUCGGCGCUGCUGUUACCAGAAAACUUUUGGAAUUGGGAAUGGUGGUUGCUGGUCUCGAUAGACAAGUUGAAAAUUUGAAUACGAUGAAAUUGACGGAUAAAUAUGGAGAAUCCUUGUUCGUAUUGAACGUUGAUCUUUCUCACGAAGAGGAAAUACUACGAGCAUUCCAAUGGGCUGAAGAAAAUAUUGGAGGAGUCGAUGUGCUGGUAAAUAGUGCAGGCAUUGGAGGCACUUCCACUUUACUUGACGGUAAUUUUAACGAAUGGCAUAAUAUGUUGAAUAUUAACGUAAUAGCGUUGAGUCUGUGCGCUAAAGAAGCAGUAAAAUCGAUGAGAAAAAGAAACGUACAAUUUGGACAUAUAAUUCAUUUAAGCAGUAAUGCAGCGCACAUAGUUCCUGAAUAUAGCCCAUUUCAUUUUUAUUCCGCUACCAAACACGCCGUAAAAGCUCUAACCGAAGGAUUGCGACAAGAAUUAAGAAACAUCAACAGUCCUAUUCGAGUCACGAGUAUUAGUCCCGGUAUUGUAAAAACACCCAUAAUACAGACAUGCUUGGGAGACGAUAUUGAUAAAAUUGUUUACGAGAAAAAUCCGUAUUUACAAACCGAAGAUAUUGCUUCAGCUGUGGAGUAUAUUUUAAGCACACCUACUCAUGUUCAAAUUCAAGAUUUAACGAUCAAACCUUUAGGAGCGAAUAAUUGAAAAAUAUUUGGGAGACUCGAAUGAGUCAAUUUUUUAAUCAUUUUGUUACCGUAAUUUUUAUUUUUUAUUGUUUAAAUAUAUUUUUUUACAUCCUA